AUGCAACAACCUCUGCCGUCUAGUCCACCCCCAGCAUCCACCCGAUCCUCUCUUCCUCCGAAUUGUAAAUGUUCUCCUCCUCGUCCUUCGGUCUUACUCACUGUAUUUAAACAAGGUCCUAACAAGGGACGACGGUUUUAUUCGUGUUCGGAACGUUUUUGUAAAUUCUUUCAGUGGGCUGAUGAGGAUCGUGGCCCGAAAUUGAAUCAAAGCUCGCCCCAACAGAGAACAUCACCCGUGAUCGCAAGAUCGGUUUCAACAUUGAAUUAUCCGAAUGAAGGGCUAUUGAUCUCUCAAAAUCUUCAACAGCCAAUUGCAUCUUCUUCGUCAAGUGCAAGUACCACAAAUUUAAGCCACCAAUCGAAUACCACAACAAUGAAUGCAACAAAUUUACAAAUUCCAACAUGUCGAAAACACAGCAAUAUCCCAUGUCGAUUGCUUCAAGUUGUAAAAGAAGGACCAAACAAGGGGAAAUUAUUUUGGGCAUGUGGAAUGAGUUUUCAAAAUGAACGGUGCAAUCAUUUUGGUUGGUUUGAAGGAAAUGUUGAAUUGUACAAACAUUUGGUUCCAAAAUAUUCGACCCCUCCUUCAGCAAGUUCCUCUUCUUCUCUAAAUUCAUCAAAUGACGAAAAAUCAACCAUGGCAACAGUCGAUGAUGAGGAGCCUGCAGGUUGUAGUAACAUUGUCACACCGAACACAAAUAAUUUACAAAUCCCAACAUGUCAACAGCAUGCAAACACUCCUUGCCGAUUACUUCGAGUAGUGAAAGAAGGACCAAACAAGGGGAAAUUAUUUUGGUGUUGUGGAGUUAGUGCUCAACAUGAACGAUGUAAAUAUUUUGCUUGGUUUGAAGGAGACGAAGACUUGUACAAGCAUUUGGUUACAAACACACAUUCUUCUUCGAUCAAUAAUGCUAGUUCCAGCUUUUUUGACUCAAUGAAAAUUGCAGAGGGGCCCAUUGUCAUGUCAGAAGCAAAUCAAAAUAAUUUAUGGGUUGCCGGCAUUCCUAUAGAAAUAUUUCGAGAAAUUUUUAAAUAUCUUAAUGUUUUACCUGACCUUGUAAUCGUACAAAGAGUGUGUCAAGAGUGGAAUAGAAUGUCAAAUAUUUUGAUUAAUAGUGAUUACAAGCAAUUGGAGCUUCAUUUUGGAUUUCUGAAGGAUAACAUCCCUCCUUAUUCUUGGUGGUGUUCCAUUUUUUCAAAGUUUUUACAUGCCACCCGAAUUGUUUUUUGUAACAUGGCCAUAACAAACGAGCUGAUGCGAUUGAUCGAGUUCAUGCCAAACUUAACAACUCUGGUAUUUUAUAAUUGCUCAACCAAACUGUCAAUGCAUCAGAUAGAAACUGCACACGACGAACAACCUAAAGAAAAGCAAUCAAAAAAGAGAUACAAAUUCUGGCACGAUUAUUAUCAUUACGGAGGAAAUCAGUACAACGACAAUACCUUUGCCAAGAAACGAGUUCAAGAAUACAAAAAAACGUUAGAGUUUAGAGGUGUAGUUACACAAAUGAUGUUUUCGAAAAUGAGUGAAGAAACAGAUGUGAUUAUUCCAGUUGGGCUUAAAUACAUUAAUACCAUCCCUUUCAAUAGAGAAGUAGCGACCCAUUACAAACAAUUUGUAGAAAACGUUUCGUCAAGAAUUACAGGAUUUAACUCAAAACAAAAAUUAGCAAAUUUGCAACACAUUAUUUGCCUUCCAAAGUGCUUCACUAAAUCAUCCUUCAAUUGUGGAAUGAAUUUCAGCUGGGUCAAUGAGGAUAGAAAAGUUUACUACAAGUGUCUUACUGGUUUGUGUGAUGGCACCAUUGAAGACUUUUAUGAAAAAUCAAAUUUUUGGGAUACUGACGUCACUAUCCAGUCCUCACAAGGAUUAGAUCGUUGGCCUUUCAAACAAUUACUUGUAAAUGAUCGAGCAAUUUCGCUCAUAUACAUUGACUGGUUUAAGUGGGGAACAGGAAAAUUGCAAAUCUAUAACGGAAUUGAUUGUGACGGGAAAACAGUCGUUGACUCGGCACACGUCACUUCUAAAAAUUCAGUUUGUUUAUUGAAUCAAUUCAACUUGUGGGACCAACUAGAACCUGAAUCCAUUCCUUUGGAGAAAAUAGAUGUUGUGAAAUGUGCCUUAUUGAAAGGAAUACUAAAUAUUUCAGAAACAUAUGCAAACACAUACAGGGUCAAUGUUUUGCAAUAUUUCCUCAAAUCUAUUGCAUUGUAUUUCAAGAAGGCUGAACUUGCGGACGAGAAGGCUCUACGACAGGUGUGUGCUAACCAAUCACAAAUUGGAAAAUCUGUGAACUUGAUCAUUUUUCUUCACGAAAAAUCCUUAAUAACGGAAGCAUUGAAGGAUUCAUGUCAUGUGUAUGCUCGAAAAAUUGAUGAAUAUUGGACCGAUUCAAUUUUCAUUGACCACGAUGGCGAAGGCAGUAAUUUCAAUUCUCCUGCCAAGUUGGCUGGUUUUGGGGAGGUGCCAGUGUUUCCAUUUAGUUGGAUUACAUUAUUGGAGGAAGGUGAAUUUGAUGUUGUUAAUGCAAUGUCAGAAGAUGAUGAUGAGCAGGUCCACGAAGAUGCCAAGGGUGAUGAAAUGGAAGAUGAACAUUUUGUGACACUCUGUUUUAAAAACAGGCCUAAGAUAGAUUCAUUCGAGCGUGGUGAUAGAUCACCUAUUGAGCGAGAUGAUUACUAUGAUGAUGAGGAGAUGGAUUCCACCUAUGAAGAAAGCGACGAAGAUCUUUCGUACAAUUCUGACGAUGGAGAGGAGUCAGAGGAGGAAGAAGAAGAAUACUCUGGAGAAGAAUAUGUGUCAAGUGAAGAUGAAGAGCAACCCAAAGUUCGUCCUCAAAGAAAAAAGAAAAAGACCAAUUAA